AUGAGCAAAGGUGAGAGAGGAAAAGGAAACUCGAGAUCGGGUGGGUCCGCCAAGACAAGCUCUGGUGGUCAUGCAGGACGCCACAAACAUGCGGAAACAAAACAUGGAGCUGGCCGAGGCGGCAAAAACUUCCCAGUGAAAUUGGCUAUGUGGGAUUUUGACCAGUGCGAUCCCAAGCGAUGCAGUGGUAAGAAGCUGGAAAGACUGGGUUUGAUCAAAUCACUACGUGUUGGUCAGAAGUUUCAGGGCAUCGUGGUAUCUCCUAACGGGAAGGGUGUGGUGUGUCCCAACGACUUACAAACCGUGGAAGAAAACGGCGCUGCAGUGGUGGAGUGUUCGUGGGCUAGACUGGAGGAAAUACCUUUCAACAAAAUAGGUGGAAAGCACGAGAGACUGCUGCCGUAUUUGGUGGCGGCGAACCAGGUCAACUACGGCCGUCCCUGGAGACUCAACUGUGUGGAAGCCCUUGCCGCAUGCUUCGCUAUUGUUGGCCGCAUGGACCUGGCCGCAGAGCUCCUAUCGCAUUUUUCAUGGGGACUAGGGUUCUUGGAACUCAAUAAAGAGCUACUAGAAAUGUAUCAGAAAUGCACGGACUCGGAUUCUGUCAAGGCCGCUGAAAAUGCAUGGCUGGAGCAGAUCGAAAGAGAAGCGCAAGAGCGCAAGAAACGUAGUCUGGACGACGAUAUUUGGAUGACAGGCAAUGUCAAUAGGGCCCACGCAGAUGAGGAAUCGGAUGAGGAAGAGGAAAACAGCCAUAGUGACGAGGAAUUUGAAGAUUCAGAUGGACCUCAAAGUAGUAAACCUGUCAAAUUUGACAGUUUAGGAAAUGUGAUCUACGAGGAGGAAGAGGACGAGGAUGAUAAAAAUGAAGAACAGAGCGAUUGUGAAGAUAAGGAGGACCAUCCUCAACAUCCUUUUGAAAAAGGUGGUAUCAAUGAUCCGGUUUCUGAAGCACAAGGACACUUGGAGGGGCUCUCCAUGAAAUAG